AUACCUUCCAUCGGAGGUGGAAUCUUGGACUCUCCGCUCUAUAUCAACCUGCCAAAUCUACCAUAUUAUCACCGCUUCCAAUUAGAUAUCCUUGUCUGGGAUCUUGUUCCCGACGGAGAAGUGUCCACUACUAAACCUUACCCCUGUUCUACCGACCCAGAGAAAAUCGGCUCGGCCGUCUCCCACCUGGAGCUGACCGUUUCAUCACCCCGUUAUGACCUACAGCGAUCAUUCUACAUAAGUAACACCGUACAUAAGGAGGGUUCCAGAUCAAGAAGUAUUCGCCAUCAUAACCUAAAAUAUUACCUAGGUUUCGAUGGAUGUGGAAAACUCUUUCUCAAUUGGUAG